CCGCUGGUGUCUGCAGUGUGUAGACGAAACUCCCGCUGUUGAAACAUAAUUGAUGGAGUUAGUGUCGACACACCCUUAACUUUAAGUUUUUAAACCACUUUACCCGAGGAAGGGUGGAAAACGUGCGUGCUGGUGACCGUGGGAGGAUCGCAGGGGCUCUGAUCAUUGGCAGCAAUGGGGAUUCAUGAUUUCACAACCACAGCUGCACAACUGUAUGACAACUGGAUCAAAGAUGCAGACCCCAGGACAGAAGACUGGCUUCUCAUGUCAUCACCACUGCCACAAACCAUCAUUAUUUCUUUAUAUAUCUACUUUGUGGUGUCACUGGGGCCGAGAUUAAUGGAGAACAGGAAGCCAUUCGAACUGAAGCGGGUCCUCAUCGUCUAUAAUUUUAGCGUCGUGGCCUAUUCUCUUUACAUGUGUUAUGAGUUUGUCAUGUCAGGUUGGGGAACAGGGUAUUCAUUCCAUUGCGAUCUGGUGGACUACUCGCAGUCGCCACAAGCCAUGAGGAUGGCAUGGACCUGCUGGCUCUAUUACUUUUCCAAGUUCAUUGAAAUGUUAGACACAGUUUUCUUUGUGCUCCGGAAAAAGCACAGUCAGGUGACUUUCCUGCAUGUCUUCCAUCACUCCAUUAUGCCUUUCACCUGGUGGUUUGGAGUCAGGUUCUCUCCAGGUGGAUCGGGGACAUUUCAUGGCCUUCUCAACUGCAUCGUUCAUGUCAUCAUGUAUACAUACUAUGGGCUGUCAGCUCUGGGACCUGCCUACCAGAAGUUUCUAUGGUGGAAGAAACAUCUGACGUCAAUGCAGCUAAUCCAGUUUGUCAUUGUAACCUGUCAUAUUAGCCAGUACUUUUUCAUGAAAGACUGUCCUCACCAGUAUCCCAUAUUCAUCUACAUCAUUGCUCUCUAUGGCCUCAUCUUCCUCAUCCUCUUCCUCAACUUCUGGUACCACGCCUACACAAAAGGCAAGAGGCUUCCCAAAGGCCAAAGAAAUGCAACUGUGGCACAAAACAACAAUGAUGUACACCGCAAAAAAGAAUAACUGGUGCGACCUGAUCAAGCAAUCAGCAAUGACAAUCUUACUAAGACAGCUGUGUGGCUGAAUUUUUAUAUCGGGAAUAUUUAUAUGUAUACCAUGUGGUUUAUCUCAAUGUCCUGGGUAAGUUACUGUAAUGAGUGGGUAUUGCAGUCCAGGCUGUUUCUUCCUUUCUACGGGGCAUUCGAGUCGAAUUCUGGCACGUUGCCCUAAGGGCUGUUCACAUUGCCACUCCUUAACUCUUUGUUUUCUGCAUACUAAAUGUGUUUCCAGUUCCUCAUUAAUGAAAUGUGAAUGAGACCGAAGCCUUGUUUGAUGUUUUAGACACAAUUUUUGUAUGUUUUAUCUGUUACUAAGCUGGAAAAGUGUAUACAUGUUCCAUUUGGUGACACAUUUGUCGUAACAUCUUCUUUCCCUACGAAAGGAAACUUUGCGAGAAUUUUACCACGUACAAUAGGUGCUAAUUCAUGUAAUAUAUGUAUGCCUGUGGUUUCCACCCCCAUUGUGACAUUGAGUUCAGAGUGUAUGAUAGCAAAAUUUUAACUGUCCUUGAAGGAACCAGUGCAUUGAUUUGAUUUGAUCUGAAACUGCUCUAAUGGUGAAAUGGGACAGGAAUUGCGAAGCUCUGUGUGACUACGUCCUUAAUAUAGUUACUGCUUUGAUUUGUCAUAUAGUGUUGUUAUGAAUGUUUUGGGCUCUUCAGCCUGGACAGGAGCCCCAUGUCAUUUUUGUACAAGAAAGUUUGGUAUGUUAAUUGAUUCUGUUUUAAAUAUUUAUGUGAAAAUAAAUGCUGUAUUCACUAA